UUCCCCGCCGGUCCGCCCCUGGCUAGAGAAGCCCCAGCCCGCGGUGUCCGACCCAGUUGUCCCGCGCCGGAGCCGGCCCCGUAGCUUGCCAUGGCCUGCUACAUCUACCAGCUGCCCUCCUGGGUGCUGGACGACCUGUGCCGCAACAUGGACGCGCUCAGCGAGUGGGACUGGAUGGAGUUCGGUGCCUCACCUGACUCACCCUCAUCCUGGCCCCACCUCCACUCUGAACCAGGCACUAUUCUUAAUUCUGGGGAAGUAACAGUGAACCAAACAGCCUCCUACGUGAUCACAGACUUGACCCAGCUGCGGAAGAUCAAGUCCAUGGAGCGGGUGCAGGGUGUGAGCAUCACGCGGGAGCUGCUGUGGUGGUGGGGCAUGCGGCAGGCCACCGUCCAGCAACUUGUGGACCUCCUGUGCCGCCUGGAGCUCUACCGGGCUGCCCAGAUCAUCCUGAAUUGGAAACCGGCUCCUGAAAUCAGGUGUCCCAUUCCAGCCUUCCCUGACUCUGUGAAGCCAGAAAAGCCUUUGGCAGCUUCUGUAAGAAAGGCUGAGGAUGAACAGGAAGAGGGGCAGCCUGUGAGGAUGGCCACUUUUCCAGGCCCAGGGUCCUUUCCAGCCAGAGCCCACCAGCUGGCCUUUCUCCAGCCUCCUGAAGAAGAUGCCCCUCAUUCCUUGAGAACCGACCUCCCCACGUCAUCUGAUUCAAAGGACUUCAGCACCUCCAUUCCUAAGCAGGAAAAACUUUUGAGCUUGGCUGGAGACAGGCUUUUCUGGAGUGAGGCAGACGUGGUCCAGGCAACCGAUGACUUCAAUCAAAACCACAAAAUCAGCCAGGGGACCUUUGCUGACGUCUACAGAGGGCACAGGCACGGGACGCCAUUCGUCUUCAAGAAGCUCAGAGAGACAGCCUGUUCAAGUCCAGGAUCAAUUGAACGAUUCUUCCAGGCAGAGCUGCAGAUUUGUCUUAGAUGCUGCCACCCCAAUGUCUUACCUGUGCUGGGCUUCUGUGCUGCAAGACAGUUUCACAGCUUCAUCUACCCCUACAUGGCAAAUGGUUCCCUACAGGACAGACUGCAGGGUCAGGGUGGGUCCGACCUCCUCCCCUGGCCCCAGCGUGUCAGCAUCUGCUCAGGGCUGCUCUGUGCCGUCGAGUACCUGCAUGGUCUGGAGAUCAUCCACAGCAAUGUCAAGAGCUCUAAUGUCUUGCUGGACCAAAAUCUCACCCCCAAACUUGCUCACCCAAUGGCUCACCUGUGUCCUGUCAACAAAAGGUCAAAAUACACCAUGAUGAAGACUCACCUGUUCCGGACAUCAGCCGCGUAUCUGCCAGAGGAUUUCAUCCGGGUGGGACAGCUGACAAAGCGGGUGGACAUCUUCAGCUGUGGAAUAGUGUUGGCCGAGGUCCUCACGGGCAUCCCUGCAAUGGAUAACAACCGAAGCCCGAUUUACCUGAAGGACUUACUCCUCAGUGAAAUUCCAAGCAGCACCGCCUCGCUCUGCUCCAGGAAGACGGGCGUGGAGAACGUGAUGGCAAAGGAGAUCUGCCAGAAGUACCUGGAGAAGGGCGCAGGGAGGCUUCCGGAGGACUGCGCCGAGGUCCUGGCCACGGCUGCCUGCCUGUGCCUGCGCAGGCGUAACACCAGCCUGCAGGAGGUGCGUGGCUCUGUGGCUGCUGUGGAAGAGCGGCUCCGAGGUCGGGAGACGUUGUUCCCUUGGCGUGGGCUUUCUGAGGGUACAGGCUCUUCUUCUAACACCCCAGAGGAAACAGACGACGUUGACAAUUCCAGCCUUGAUGCCUCCUCCUCCAUGAGUGUGGCACCUUGGGCGGGGGCUGCCACCCCACUUCUCCCCACAGAGAAUGGGGAAGGAAGGCUGCAGGUCAUGGUGGGAAGGGAGGCUGACUCCUCCUCUGAGGCCUGUGUUGGCCCGGAGCCUCCCCAGCAUGUUACAGAGACUUCGUGGCAAAUUGAGAUCAAUGAGGCCAAAAGGAAACUGAUGGAGAACAUUCUGCUCUACAAAGAGGAGAAACUGGACAGCAUUGAGCUCUUUGGCCCCUGAUGACCGGAACACAGCUGAGGACCCUUGUCCUCAAUUGGAAAGAUGAGCAUCAGAUCAAGAAAAAGGUCUGAGGCAGAAUCCAAGGUCUGCCAGGAAACACACAACAAAACAUCUGCUGUCCUGGGUGGGAGGGAAACUUCAUUUCACUGGAAAGAGUUGGGAGAGAAAGGCCCUCAGCUUUUAGAGACACAAAAAUCCAUGAAGUCUCUUCCUUUCUGGGCUUUGUUAGUCAGAGGAUGGGAUCAGAGGAGACUGAAGCAGAAACCCUGCACACGGGCGCAGGAUGUGGCUGAUUUUGUGGUUCCGGGGAGUGUGUGAUCAUAACCACCCCAGCAGAUUCCAUUACCUCAGCAGCUCUUGUUCCCCCACCACUAGCAGUUCUGCAAUGCCAUAGCAUUUUCCAGAGCUAAGGUCUCUGGGAUGUAUUUGCUGACAGCCUGCAAGCUUGCAUGCUCUGAAAGAUUUUUUUUAGUUUUUAUUUUAAUUUUUUUGUAGAGAUGGGGUCUCGCUUUGUUGCCCAGGCUGGUCUUGAAGUCCUGGGCUCAAGCAAUCCUCCCAACUCAGACUCCCAAAGUGCUGGAAUUACAGUUGGGAGCCACUGUGCCUGGCCUGAAAGACUUUCUUUUUUUUUUUUUUUUUUUUUUUUUUUUGAGACGGAGUCUCGCUCUGUCACCCAGGCUGGAGUGCAGUGGCGCAAUCUUGGCUCACUGCAAGCUCCGCCUCCCGGGUUCACGCCAUUCUCCUGCCUCAGCCUCUCCGAGUAGCUGGGACUACAGGCGCCCGCCACCACGCCCGGCUAAUUUUUUUUUUUGUGUUUUCAGUAGAGACGGGGUUUCACCGUGGUCUCGAUCUCCUGACCUUGUGAUCCGCCCGCCUCGGCCUCCCAAAGUGCUGGGAUUACAAGCGUGAGCCACCGCGCCCGGCCAAGACUUUCAACUUGUGUCUCAGUGCAGUUCUUGACUCACCUCUCUGGGUCUCAGGUUCUACAAAUGCCAGACACCUAGCGAAGAGCUCUGCAGGCUUUCCACUGCCUGUAUUGGAAAUCUUGCAAUUCACAUAAUUAUUCAAUCACUGCCUGGUACCUUUAUCUUCCCAUCCCACUAAUGUUAGUAUUUUUUAAUGGAGCUUUUAUUUUGAGAAUAUGUGUUUGUUUGUUUGUUUGUUUUUUGAGACAGAGUCUCACUUUGUCACCCAGGCUGGAGUGCAGUGGCACGAUCUCGGCUCACUGUAAGCUCUGCCUCUCAGGUUCAGGCGAUUCUCCUGCCUCAGCCUCCUGAGUAGAUGGGACUAUAGGCACCUGCCACUACGCCUGGCUAAUUUUUGUAUUUUUAGUAGAGACGGGGUUUCACCAUAUUGGCCAGGCUGGUCUCGAACUACUGACCUCGUGAUCCGCCCGCCUUGGCCUAUCAAAGUGUUGGGAUUACAGGCUUGAGCCACCGCACCUGGCCGAGAAUAUAUGUUAUUUAUGACUGGAUGAUGAAGAAUCAGGAGAAUGCAUUUCAUGUCUGAUUCUGCUGCUAGUUAAGUCAAUCAUUUAAUUUUUGGGACCUCAGUUUCUUUGUAAGUAAAAUAACACCUGCUUGUUCUUCAUCCCUGGGCUGUUGGGAGGAACAGAUGAGACAGUGGCUAUAGAAGCGCUUGGAAAAUGCACUUGUCCUAUUUUGUAAAAUAAAUAAAAAGGUAUUAAAUGUGUGUUUCUGCCAUGUACCUAAUGAUUAUUCAGUGCGUAUAUAUCUGAAAAGUCAUGUUGCACAUCUUUUUGUGAAACAGAUGCUAUUUUAAAUUCACUGGGAGAAAUAUCCUAUUUAAAGUAAUUCUAUAGUAAUUUCUUUUUAUAUAAUAAAAAUAUAUUUGUAAAGUCAACA